UGAGUGGAUUGAGUUAAGUGAUUCAUUCAUAUCCACCGAAUGGAAAUAUUGCAUUUUUAUCUAAUCGUAUUUAUACGAGUUGAAUUAAUAUAAUGUAUUUGCAAUUAAAAUUAAUUAUAACAAUAUUCUGAAAUGUUGUGAUUAGGUGUGAUUGAUGAAUUUGUUCUACAUGAAGUAUUUUUUGUGUUUGGGUGGAAGUGCCUUCCCAGUUCUCAAAAGAUGCCUUUCGACUUCUUGUGCUGUGUACGACCUGGAGUGGAAGAUGUGGUGGAACUGGAUUAUUCCCAUCAAUCACUAACAGACGUCCCAUCAGAUGUAUUUGUAUACGAGAGAACACUUGAGACCUUGUAUUGUCAAAGUAAUCGUAUCAGUGAAUUACCACGCCAGCUUUUUAUGUGUCAUGGAUUGAAGCGCUUGGAUAUCAGCGAUAAUGAAUUGCAAGCCAUACCGACGGCCGUAUCAUCAUUGGUAAAUUUACAAUAUUUGAAUAUCAGCAGAAACACAUUAGCUUCUAUACCUGACACUAUGAAAGCAUUAAAGUAUUUAAUGUUCUUGGACCUUAGUGUUAAUCCUUUAGAAAAGCUUCCUGAUGCCGUUACAAAUCUCAUUGCAUUACAAGAAUUGUAUCUAAAUGAUACGUACUUAGAGUACCUACCUGGUAACUUUGGUAGACUUGCAAGUCUACGUAUACUUGAAUUACGAGAUAAUUAUUUAAUGAUUUUACCAAAAUCAUUAUCUCGGUCUACUGACUUAUUAAGAUUAGAUAUAGGUCAAAACGAGUUUCAGCAGUUUCCAGAAGUGAUUGGGAGGUUUACAAAGUUAAGAGAGUUAUGGAUGGAUAGUAAUAGUUUAACAAACAUACCAGCAGCAAUAAAACCAUUACAAAAUUUAAUACAUCUUGAAGCUAGCAAUAAUAUGAUAGAAGAAAUUGCACCAGAAAUUGGUUAUUGCACCAAAUUGGUGGAUUUGAGUUUGUCAAUAAACAGUUUAACACAGCUGCCAGAUAGUAUUGGACAAUUAAAUAAUUUAACUACAUUGAAAUUAGAUAACAAUAGGUUGUAUUCUAUCCCUGAUAGUAUAGGGCAAUUAACCAAUUUAGAAGAGCUUAUGUUGAUGUGCAACUAUUUAGAUAAAAUACCAUCAUCCAUAGGUCUUCUGAGGAAAUUACAAUACCUUAAUAUUGAUGAUAACAUGUUAAGAAUGAUUCCUCCAGAAAUAGGGAGCUGUACAAAAUUAUCAGUGUUGUCACUUCGAGCAAAUAAAUUAACUAAGAUCCCUCCAGAAAUUGGCCAUUUAUGCUCUUUAAGAGUUUUAAACUUAGUGAGAAAUUCACUAAGUUGUCUUCCCCAGUCCUUGUUGAAUUGUGAUAAUUUAGUAGCCCUCUGGCUAUCUGAAAAUCAAAGCAAACCUUUAGUGCCUAUGCAUUCUGAAGUAGAUCCUCAUACUUAUGAGCAAGUCCUCACUUGUUUCCUCUUUCCUCAAGUGCCUUUGACCCCUAUAGAGAUGAAGACAACAGACAAUGAAUAUAAACCUGAAAAUGAAAAUGUGCAACCACCUGUUCGACAUAUUAGUUUUGUGGACAUGAAAGCAAUACCAAAAGUUCCUGAAAAACCAGGACAAUUACGAAGAGCACCAACACCUUAUCCAAAAGAAUUAAGAGCAUUAGCUAAGCAUGCUAGAAAUAUCCAUAAAGACGGUGCACAAGAUGUGUCUCCUCCUAUGCAGAAUGCAGUACAUAUAAAAGCAGCUAAAAUCACACCUACACUUCAACAAAGAUUUGCUUCAGAUAAUAAAAAAGAAAUAGAGAAUGUUACAAAAGACAAUAUAGAUGGAGUACCUCAAGAUGCUUUGAAGUUGUCAGUAUAUGACAAUCUUCCUAUAGAAAAUGCCUAUGAUAAACCUUUAGAACUCUCAAAUGAAAUAGAUACAACAUAUAAAAGUGUAGAUCAUGCUUUGUAUCCUGAAAAUAAUGUAAAUUCUAAUUCUGAUUGUAAACUUGAAAAUGCUAAUCAUUAUAUAUUAUCUCAAAGACAUUACAAUACAAAAUCAAAUGAAAAUUAUGCUACUAAACAAGAUUUGGAUAGAAUAAAUGCUCCAAUUUCUCAAAAUAUUUAUAGUGUUCACACAGUUGAACAUAAAAGUUAUCCUGUUAAUAGUGAUAAUAAUUAUCGAAGCAACUUAGAAGAAACUCAUAGAUUACAGAGGCUUAGCCUUGCUUCACAGGAUAGACGAUCAAAUAAUGAAAUGGUACUAUCACCAAAUUUUGAAGAAACUUCAUAUAAUUCAAGAAUAGUUGAUAGUAUCCCUCAGUUUGACCCAAUGUACCCCAGAAAAGAUCAUAUUGUAUCUCAUCCAGCACCAGAGAGUAAAUAUCGAGAAAAUAUUUAUGAUUCAGAACCAUUUACACGAUCUAAAGAAAAAAAUUUCAAUCAAAGGAAUUAUGACACCUAUAAUUACAAUCCUCGUGGGAGUCGUGACUUACCAGGGCCGAGAAUACAUACAGUAAGUCAAGUAGUAAGUUCUACUACAAUGCCUAAUUUAAGCAACUAUAACAACAUGUACUCUGUACAAGGAGUAGACGGCCCUCAUUAUGCAACAACUAUGCAUCAAACAUCACCAAAUGCUAACUUUUAUAGUGGAGUACCUUCAAGUCCAACUUAUGUGUCUUCACAGUCACCUGAAUUGUAUUCUCCAACUGGUCACACAAAUACAACAAAUCCAUAUCGUAUGACAAAUACACCACUUGUAUCAGAUGAUGGCAGUUAUAGCCAUAUGAAUUCUCCUACAAGUCAAAAUAUGUAUGACCUGUAUGAUACUAUGCCAACUUCAUCAAAUCCGCCAAGUGUAAUCAGCCACCGCAACAGCCCUAGCGGCGUAUCAGAACCUGUAUAUGGACGCGGUCAACCUCCACCUUAUCACAUUGCAGCCCCCUAUACGAAACAUGCACAAUAUUUUAAUGGCACUGGUGGAUAGUGUCAGUAUGUACAGGGAAGGCAAACAUGCUUCCUGAAGAGAAUUAAAUCGUAUGAACGUUAUUAGAAUUUGGUUUGUCUCUUUUAAUCAUGUCUGUACUCAGUAGGUAUAUUUUGUGAAUGUGCAUGUUAUAUGGAUGUGCAAUUUAUAUGUGAUAUAAUGUAAUAAUGUUGGAAGAUUAAUUAUAAGGUGCUAAGAGACAAAUUAAAUUGUUGCAAUAGUUUGCAAAUAUGAAAUAAACUUAUUAACAAAUUCAGAGUUUAAUGUGUGAAUAGUUUCAAAGGUAAUGUGGCAAAUGUUAAAUUAUUUAGAAAAAAAUAGAGUUGUAGGUACUUGUUAAGUACGACUUGUAACAACUAUGUUGUUUCUUGAUAAUGUUGUAUAAUAAAUUUAACGUUAAUAUAGGUACCUACUAUUGAAACUUACACAAGUAUCUACUUCCAGAUAUACUUAGAUAAGUAAAUAUAAUUAUUUAGAAAAUAGGUUGUUAUUAAUAUUAUGUUAAUGAUAUUUUAAAUAUCAUAUAACUAUUUUGUUAAUACAAAAUUCUACAUUGUUUACAGAACUAUAAAAACACCUACCCACCAAAAUCAAACAUAAAAAACUGAUUCUCAUAAAAAAGCAUGCCAAAAACUUGCCUUCUACUACACUUUAUUAGUACAUAGUAUUUUUAUUUCAUACGCUUGGAUUUCAUCUUAAACAAACUUGUUAAAUUUUCAACCGACUUUAAAAAUUCGACUGCUGAAGACAGAAUAGUAAUGUUUUUCGACUGUAUGUGCGUUCAGACUUCGAGUCUUUGAUCUAAUGUGUAGUCUAAAUGGUUAUACAGUUCCUUUACCGUACUACUAAUAAUAUGUAGUCUAAAUGGUUAUACGGUCCUUUUUUUUAUUCAAAUAAAUUGAAGCUCAUUUUACUGGCAUGUAUUUUUCUAUAGGUGAAAGAAUUUUUUAAAAUCGGUUAUAACUUUUCAAGUUUGUUCAUUACGAACAAAUAAUAAAAUCUUUUCUCUUUAUAAUAUUAAUUUAUACUAAAAUAUAGGCAUGCGACUUUGUUCCCGAGGAGCGGGAUUUUUUGCACGUUUCCGUGUUUCCAAAAAAAUUUAUACAUCACAUAAAAAAUCUUUGACACUGUGCGAAGUGUAAAGGAUUUAUGUUUCUAAGGAGUUUGAAUAUGGUAUUUUAAUUUUAUAUAUCGUACAGCCCCAUCUUGCAAACCUUGCGCCAAGUACUUAUUAGACAACUGAUAAACAUGUGAAUAUUGUGAAUCCAUAAAAUAUAUAAAAAACGCCUACUCAGAGAAAUAUAUAUAAAUAUACUGGAGAAUAAAAAUAUUUGCAUUGCGCCGGGAUUAAAUCUGUAACCAUGGAAAGGUGAAGCAAUAUAUUAAGUCGCUGUGCUAUCAAGGUAAAUAACGUGGAGAUAAUUUCACAUCUCUUACGUGCAACAGUUACAACUGCAUAAAACACUGUUCUAUUCAUUUUUGUCACAUUAAUUAAUUUACGUUAUCCUUUGCCAAAUUUCAUUAUGUUACCAAUUAAUAUUUUUCUUUUUUAAAUUUAACGUAAAAUUAAUACUGCGUUAUGCUUAUGGAGUAGGCCAUGGUUAUGCUAAAUAAAUGCUACUAAACUGAUAAUUAAGUGCAAGUACAACUAUUAUUGCUAAUAAUAAUUAAUAUUGAUGAUGAUUUAGUUUAAUGAUUUAUUAAUACUAACAAACUGUGAUGAAGGUAUGCAGCUAUUACAAUCAAUCCCAUUGGUCUUGUACCUAAUUAUGUGGACAAUUUACAAUUAAAGUAUUAUAAAUAAGUAUCCAAUAAGUUAUAUAAUCUAGUCAGAUCAGGACGCAAUUAAGAAUUCAUUGGAAUACUAUAUAUUAUUCAUAGCCAUAUAUUUUUAACAUUGGGACCAUUAUGAGACGUCAAAAUUGUACUUUUUUUAAAUUCCUAAAAAUAACAUUUUGUAAUUCACCUUGUACAUAAGUACAUUAAAUCGUUAAUAUGGAAAAAUACUGUUAAAUUUAGGAACAUUUAUAAUGAUGUUGAUUAUCUUCAAUACCCAGAUACCCAUUAUACUUUACUAUAUAAAAUAUACGAUGUAAGUAUAUGUAGGCUAUGUUUGGAUGAAGUUUAAAAAUAUUCUUUGUAAAUAUUACCUACUGCUACUAUUUACCUACGUACUUCCAAAAACAUUUACCUACUGUAUAACUAUUUAAACACAUGUAAAUUAUAAUAGUUAGUGGUAGAAUAAGUUAAUGUAUUCUUAGUUGCGAAAUAUAUUUUCGGUUAAGUAUUUACAAAUGCACAUUUUAUCCUUACAGGCAUUUAUUUUUGUUACAUAAAUUUUACAUUUUUUUCGGAAUCUUCCAGCAUUCCAUGCAAUAUGUUAAUUAAACAAAAGCCAACUAGUAAGGAUAUACGUGCCAAUUUAUCACAAAUGUAAUUUGUCUGUGAAUUAUUUAUUCUAAUGUUUACAUUAUAUUACCAAAACGCUAUACAUUUUCUAAAGACUGAAACCUAAAACAUAUCAUUUAACUUUGUAUUUUCUUGUAACUAUCGUACCUAUUUAAUGUUUAUUUUUAUAUUUUUGUAAUUAUGUAAUUUUUUAUGAACAAUACCUAAUAAUAAUAAUACUGUAAACAUAAUCACAUCAAUUUUAUGUAAAUAUAUGAAGUACGAAACAUCAAUAACAUAAUGAAAAAUGAUUUAAGUAUCACUAUUACGGUCAAGCAAUGAUAGAGGAAUUUACGUAGAUCCUCUGUGAUGUCGUUAAAUAUCAAAUAUAGGUACUCUAUGUUUUAAAUUGCCCUAAAGUGUCUCUUCUGUGUUGUAUUUUAAUUUAUUAAUUAAUAAUAAUUAUUAACAAAAGAUAAAUAAUAAAAAAUAGUGGUAGAAAAGUUUUACAAUUAAAUGUGAUAUAUAUUUAUUAUAAUUUUAUGUACUUACAUAAUUGAUUUUAAAUUAAAAUCCUACUGUGGAUUAUUAAGAAAUGCAAAUUUAUUUUUUGCUAGCAAUUAAAUGUAAGAACCAAAUUAUUUUUAUUUUACAGGAAAGUGCGCAUAUUUUUCUUAGUGCCAUUGCAAUAUUAUUUAAUUAGUUUAAAAUUAACUAGCUAAGUGAUAUCCAAAUAAUACCUUUUAUGGUACAUGAGUAAUUUUGUUAGGUCUGAUAAUACAAGUUGUGAAUAAAUUUCAGCUUGUAAUUGAAAGUAGGUAGGCACUUAUUAAUCUGGAAUUAAGUAGAUGAAAAAAGUAUAUUUCUAAAAUUAUCUAGUACAUUCUACUAAAAUCUUUGCUAAUCGAAACAACUUUGUCUAAAGUGUAACAAGCAAAAUGAGGUGCAAGUACUCGUAAGGUGUUAUGUACUUAUUAAUAUUUGCAUAAAUUAUAUUUUCUCCCUAGAGUUUCGGCAUUCGUAUAUCGACGAAUAGAAAAGUAGGUAAUAUGAAGCAUGUAUAAUAGUUUAUUUUGUUCAGAGGCCUAUAAACAUGAGCGUAAAAAGUGAACAUGUAUGUAUUUUGUAUUAUACGUAUUAUUAUAUGUAUUAUACAUAUACUUACUCAAAAAUACAAAUCCGUCAUCCGUCAGUACGGAUCGUUAUACCUUGUCUCUAUCCAGUGUUUAUGUUUAUAUGUACCUUAAAUAGUGAAGUUAAUAGUGAAUGCCUAUUUUUUUUUUAGUAAAUAAUAAUGUAAUGGUAAUCCCGCCUGCGCUAUUUGUAGGGAAUUAACUACGUUUCCAGGUGGACCUGACACUGUAUGUUUGUAUAAUUUGAACCACUAAUCGCCAUUACUAGCAAUUCUCUUUUCCCCUACCUAUCCAUCUUGGUAGGUCAAUGCCAUAAAAUAAUGAUGGACCUGAUAUCUCGUUUGUAUAUAUGUAGUCUUUAUUUAGUAGUAGAUAAUUAUUAAAAUGGAUCUUUACGAUCAAUGUACGAAUCGUAUUAAAUCAAGAUGUUUUUUUUUAUACUUAUAAUCUAUUCGUUGGGGCAAAGGGUUUGUUAGUAAUGGAAUUCCAUUCUGUUCUCAGUUCAGAAAGGCAGUUCCAUUGUUAGCAAUAUUAGGUCGACUUUCACGGGGUCCCUGGAAAACUGGUUAAUUCUAUUGCAUUCGUCAGGAUGGGCCAACUGACCUGCUUUUAACCUCAUCUGUCAUUAUUCAUUAGUACCUCGCCAGCUUAUACCGAUAACGCAGAUGAUGUUACCAAUGUUCAAUUAUCACCCAUUAAAAAUAUUCUUUGAAUUAAUGUAUAAUGUAUGCGUGCCGUACGAAUUAUAAUUAAUUAUCAUCUCGCAAAUGUUUAAAAAAAAUUGUAAGUUACAUUUUAUUCAAUGUUCAUUAAAAGUAAUAAUUAGGAACAUUUUAAUUUCAAAUUAGAAUAUAUAAUUUAACAUUAAACAGGGCCUAACCAAAUUCGCUGUCUAAAUUAACUGGGACAAUACGUACCUAUAUACCUGUAACAAAGAACUAUAUUAGCAUGAUAUUGCGAUUUUAUUUAUUGGUACUUAAUAAUAAUUUGUUUAAUUAAAUAAGUAUUUGUAACUUAUGAAUUUAUGUUUUAUACUUAUUAUUUUUUAUCUAUAUGACUAUAAUAUGCAAUGUAGAGUAGGAUUUCAAUAAAAAUGUUGAAAUUGUA